AUGAGUGGAAAGUUACACUUGCCCUCGGACCAUUCACAAACGGCACUCACUCUCGAAGUAGUGGCCGAGUUUGAGUGGAGUAUGAGUGUAGGUCAUACCUCCCUUGAACCACACUCAAACAAAGUUGUGAUAAACAACAUGGCGAAUCUAUGGCUUGAAAGAUUGCAACAAUUGGACAAUUUGCAACGCAAUAACGGAAAGGAGAAUAGAAAUUACUAUUUCAAUUAUGAAAUUUAUGAUGAAGAACAAUUUAGAAGCAGAUUUAGAUUAACUAAGGAUGGUUUUCGGGAGAUGUUUGACAUUAUACAGAUAUAUCUGUUAAUAAGACAUAACGAACGAGGGAAUACAAUUCCUGCAGAAAUUAAGCUUUUAUUGACUUUACGUUAUUACGCAACUGGCACGUUUCAGGAAGCAUGUGCGGACCUAUGUGACAUAUCACAACCGUCUGCAAGUCGUAUCAUUAAGCGCGUAUCUGACGCCAUUGCUCGACUGAAAGUUCAUUAUAUCAAAUUUCCUGCUGUUGAAAUGCUACAUCAAACCAAACUUGAAUUCUGGAGAAUAUGCUCGUUCCUUAAUGUUGUUGGGAAAUACAGAACAUCGUUGUGCGGUGGCCAGGCAGGCAGUGUGCACGACUCCAGAAUAUUUGAUAACAGUCGCUUGUGCGCUCAGUUUGAGUGUGGUGACAUCCAAGGCAUGCUUCUCGGUGAUAAUGGCUAUCCUUGUCGACCUUACUUGAUGACACCUAUAGCGGACCCACAGACACCCCCCGAACGUAGAUACAACGUUUCCCAUAUUCGUACAAGAAAUACUGUGGAGAGGAUGUUCGGGGUUUGGAAAAUGUUAUUCCCCUGCCUCUCCAUGUCCAUUAAAACAAAACUGUCCACUACCCUGACCAUUAUUGUAGCGACACCAGUCCUGCACAAUUUUAUAAGAAGAAGAAAUAAUCCUAUAGAAGAAGAAAACCUAGAGGAUCCGGAAAAUCCUUUACCUGCUAUGAAUACCAGACCGAAUCCCUGGGAAACGCAACACGUCGUGCUCUCAUAA